AUGUUUUCUGAUAUUUUUGCUACAUGGAAUGGAGUUCUUGAGGACAUGAGUGAUGUGAAGGAAUUGGUUCCUGAGCUAUUUUACCUCCCGGAGGUCCUCACAAAUGAAAAUUCAAUUGAUUUUGGCACAACACAGUUGGGAGGAAAGCUCGAUACUGUAAAACUUCCUGCUUGGGCUGAGAGUCCAGUUGAUUUUGUGCACAAGCAUAGGAUGGCUCUGGAGAGCGAGUAUGUAUCUGCUAAUUUGCAUGAGUGGAUUGAUCUCAUAUUUGGGUAUAAACAACAGGGCAAAGAGGCUAUUGCAGCAAAUAAUGUUUUCUUUUACAUUACCUAUGAAUGGGAUUCAAGAGGAGCUGCCAUAAACUGA